UUAUUUAUGAGUGGUCAAAUUGUAAACAUAACCUAUUUGAUUAGAAGAAAUGAUUUAUGAGAAAUGCUACAUUUAUUAUUGCUAAAGGCUAAGAUAUAAGUGUUGUUUAUUUAUCCAAAUAGAGAAUUGAUCAGACCGAAAAUGCCACUGUCUUCGAGGGGUUUGUAUUUAAAUAAAUCUUUUUUGGGUAGAAGCCGGCCUGGCUCAAGAAGAAAUUGGUCAAGUGCUAUUAGUUCCAGAGACGAUUAUUUUAUCACAACUCCUAUAUUUUAUGUCAACUCAUCUCCUCAUAUUGGUCACCUGUACACAUCGCUGUUGGCUGAUGCAGCCCAAAGAUUUCAAAGGCUUUUGUGUAAAAAAGAUGUUCUCUUCAUGACUGGCACGGACGAACAUGGAUCAAAGAUACAACAAGCUGCUGCAAAUUUUAAAACCGAACCAAUAGAUUACUGUGAUAAAAUCUCAUCAGAGUACAAAGAUCUUUUCAAACAGUUUGGUGUAGAUUAUUCACAUUUUAUAAGAACAACGAAUAAGAACCACAUAAAUGCUGUUCACCAUUUUUGGAACCAGUUGUUGGCGAGAGGUCACAUAUACAAGGGACAGUACUCUGGGUGGUAUUGCACAGCUGAUGAGGCGUUCCUUACUGACACUCAGCUGACUGAGGUCACAAACCCUGACGGAACUAAGGUCAAGGUCAGUGCCGAGUCUGGUCGACCAGUCGAGUGGACGGAAGAAACCAACUACAAGUUCAAACUUAGUUCUAUGCAGGACGAUCUGCUGCAUUGGCUGAAAGAUGAACGAGUUGUCUACCCCGACAAGUUUCACAAGCAGUUGGUAGGCUGGGUGAAGGAAGGUAGCUGUCUACAGGAUGUGUCAGUAUCUCGGCCAAUCUCCAGGGUGCGCUGGGGAGUGCCAGUGCCAGGCUCUACCGACCAGACUGUAUACGUGUGGCUGGACGCUCUCGUCAGCUACUUGACGGCUGCUGGCUACCCUGACCUUCGCUCCUGGCCUCCCACCAGACAAAUCCUCGGAAAGGACAUUCUCAAGUUCCAUGGAGUUUACUGGCCGGCAUUCCUGAUUGGUGCUGGACUCGAGCCCCCCUCCUCCCUCGUAGUCCACUCUCAUUGGACAGUGGAUGAUGAGAAGAUGUCCAAAACCCUCGGCAAUGUUGUGUCCCCAGUUGUGGCCGCUAAGGACUUUUCGGCGGCCGGACUUCGCUACUUCCUCCUACGAGAGGGAACUCUACACAGUGAUGCUAAUUACAGCAAUGAAAAAGUAUUACGUAAACUGAACGCUGAGUUAGCUGACACUUUGGGGAACCUACUCAACCGAUGCACAGGUAAAACUGUCAACGCAAACCAACACUUCCCCGCAUUUAACCCUGAACAUUACAAGCAAUACUGCGAGAAGGAGGCUAGUGGUUUAGUUGAAUCUCUUCAAAGAAUACCAGAUCUCGUCGGAGAACACUAUGGAAAUUUCAACUACUACAAAGGUGUAGAUGUGAUUAUAUCUUGUCUACACGAGGCGAAUAAGUUUUUUGAAACAAACCAGCCUUGGAAGCUGCGUAAAUCUGCAGAUUGUGCAGACCACCUUAACUGUGUGCUUCACGUUACCAUGGAGACACUACGGGUCUGCGGAAUCGCUCUGCAGCCUAUAGUUCCGCAGAUUGCGCAGCCACUGUUGGACAAACUGAGUAUACCUUUGGCAGAGAGAUCUUGGGACGACAUGAGGAGACUUUCUGUCAAUGAAACCACGUCACUUCUCUCGGACAAUGUAGUUCUGUACAAAAGAGUGCUUGCUAAUAAAUAGGUCUUG